GAGUCUGUUCAUGAGAGGUCAUAAAAUGUGCAACACCUCUCAUGCCCCUUAGCACCGGCUUAGGUGGAACUCUAUUAUCCAUAAACAUGGAAUGAACUCCAUAUCCCAUAGCACCAGUUAAUAUAACAACACUGGAGUCCAAGUACGUGCAGUAUUUUUAUGGCCGCCACACAACACCCGGAGACUGCUGUUAAUAGUUAAUAAAAUCUGUAAGAAGAUCCUUCGGAAAAAUAAAAUAUAACGGUAGAUUUCACAGAGGCACAGAGCAUCCCAAACAUAUAGAUAAACAAAUAGAACGCAACCAAUCAAAAAGAUAGUAUCAGACUCGGUUUGAUUAAGUCUGUUCAUGACAAGUAAUGAAAUGUGCAACACCCCUCAUGCCCCUCCCCUCCCCAGCACCUGCUUAAGCAGAACUGUGUUGUUCAUAAUAGUCAAGGAGAAACUUCAAAGGAUAUACAGAGAGCAAAAUCUGAGAACUGCUUGAUCCUCUCCAUUUUAGGAGUAAUUAGAUCCUAUAAAAUGGCAGGACGAAAUGGCCGGAAGUCUGUUCAGACUGGUUCAGAUGCUGUUGUUGAUAUAAUGUGUUCACCCUGUGGCGAGGAUGGGGCGCAAGAAGAAGCUGUCAAGUAUUGUCCCAGUUGUCAAGAAUAUCUCUGCUCUGUCAUCAAUGAAUGAAGGCUACCAGAGGCCACAUUCUGAUAGGAGCAAGGCGGGCAAAACAAAACCCUGUGGCAGCAAGUACAACAGUUGAGGAGAAAUGCUGGUAUCAUCCAGACAGAAAUAUUGAGAUGUUUUGUAGGACACACAACAUGGUUUAUUGCACAAGAUGUAUAGCAACAGAACAUAGGUCUUGUAGUGGAGUAACAGAUAUAGAUCAUGCAACUAAAGGUAGUUACAGCAUGGAUGAGCUACAAGGUUUACAGUCUGAAAUAAAUGAUAUCUUUGAGCGGCUUGUUGAUGUGACUAAGAAAAAGGAAAAGAUUCUUGCAGAAACUGAAGAGCAGAAAACCAGUAUACUUGGUAGGAUUAAAGAUAUGAAAAGGAAAAUAAUAGAUCACGUAGAAAAAUUGGAAAGAGCAUCAACUGAUGCAUUGAAGGAAAAGUACAGUGAGGUUAAAACUGAGCUUGAAGAAGAUAAGACCAGUGUGAACAAGAUGACUGGAAAACUGGAAGAGAGAAAAAAGAAAGUGACUAUGGCAUUACAUAUGAAUAAAGGUCAAAGAUUUGUUCAAGUUAAACUUGGACAAAAAGCUGCUGAUGAUGCGAAAACAUUGUGCAAGGAAAGUGAUUCAAAGAGUCUGAAAGAUAUUACAUUUACUGAAGAUGAAGGCAUAAGUGAUACAGUAAUGGCAAAACAAUCAUUUGGUCAGAUAGAUAUAGAUGGGAGACAGAAGACGCUGGUAAUCAAAACAGUUGAUGUGAAGAAAGACUGUGAUGAAUUAAAAUGUUUAAUACCUGAUUUAUGUCAACUACAUGAUGGUACUAUCAUAUUAAUUGACCAAAGGAGCUGUAGCUUGAAGAAACUAGAUCAAUACAACAAGGCAAAACUUUUAUGUAACUUUGGUAGGGUUCCAACGGGUAUCUGUUGUACAGGUAAAGACAAAGUGGCAGUGAAAUUUAUGAAUAGCGAGGUAUUAGUGUUAGCUGUUUGUGAUGCUAUUUAUCAAAAGCAUGUACAUAUAAGAAAGAAGAUAUCAAUAGAAAAUGGAGGUUUUUGGGGAUUGGCCUAUUUUGCAGGAGACUUGUGGAUGUCAUACAGACAUGGUGUUAGAGUUUACAGUAUGUCUGGCCUUCUGAAAAGAAACAUUACUCAUGUGCAGGGUCUCAAUGGCAUUAUUCAGCUGUCACCUGUUCACCUUGCUGCGGGCCAGGAUUCAAUUUUUGUUACUAAUGGCUGUGAUGGAGCUCUUUGUCUAGACAAGGAUGGUUCCCAGAAAUAUGAACUUCAGGAUCACAGGCUGAGAUUUACACGGGGAGUGUGUGUAACCAGUCGAGGUACUGUAUUCCUGUCUGGUUCACAGUCAAACAAUGUUGUCGUGUUCAACAAAGAUGGAAAAUGUCUUGGGGGGAAACGGUUUCAGCAAAUAGAAUGUCUGAGAAAGGCCCAGUGGCACUGUUGUAUGACUACAUAAAGAACUGUCUGUUGAUAACAAACAAUUCCUCAAGUUGUAUUACUGUUGUGGACUAAAAAAGAAUGAAAGGAAAAACUGACUGGUAUUGACUGUCUGACUAUUUGUUUUGUCACAGAGCAUAUUUUUUGGUGUAUUGGAAUCUGCCUUAAUGGUUUUAGAUAUUGAUAGAUAUAAAUGUGUCUACCAAGUAAUUGUUCAAGUGACUGUUAGAAUUAAAAUGUUGUUUUUGUACCCCCGACAACAAAGUUGUAAGGGGGGGUAUACUGGUUUCAGGUUGUCUGUCUGUCCGUCCGUCUGUCCGUAGACACAGUUUUGUGCGCACCAUCUCUCCUCAUCCCCUUGACACAAUUUAAUAAAACUUCACACAAGUGAUCAGUAACAACAGUAGUUUUGCAUGGGGCAUGUUUGGUUCUUUCAGAAUUUUUUUUUGCAGAGUUUUGGGACUUUGUUUUUUUUUUUUACUAUACUAUAUACAUAGACACAAUCUUGUGCACACCAUCUCUCCUCAUCCCCUUGACACAGUUUAAUGAAACUUCACACAAGUGAUUAGUAACAAUAGUAGUUGUGCAUGGGGCAUGUUAGUUUCUUUCAGAAAAAAAAAUUGCAGAGUUACGGGACUUUGUUUUUUGUUACUAUACUAUAUACAUAGACACAAUCUUGUGCGCGCCAUCUCUCUUGAUCCCCUUGACACAAUUUAAUGAAACUUAACACAAGUGAUCUGUAACAACAGUAGUUGUGCAUGGGGCAUGUUUGGUUCUUUCAGAAUUUUUUUUGGAAGAGUUACGGGACUUUUUUUGUCACUAUACUAUAUACAUAGACACAAUUUUGUGGGCACCGUCUCUCCUCAUCCCCUUGACACAGUUUAAUGAAACUUCACACAAGUGAUCAGUAACAACAUUAGUUGUGCAUCGGGCAUGUCACGUUCUUUCAACAACAAAAAUUGCAGAGUUUUGGGACUUUGUUUCUUGUUAACAUACUAUGUACAUACAGUCUGCAUAUGCAAUCUUGUGCGCGCCUAAUCUUUCAAACCCUUGCACACAACUUAAUGAAACUUCACACAAGUGAUCGGUGCCAACCCUAAUUGUGCAUGGUGCAUGUUACGUUCUUUUAGAUAAAUAUUCUGCAUAGUUAUGGCACUUUGUUUUUAGCUCACCUGUCACAUAGUGACAAGGUGAGCUUUUGUGAUCACCCUUCGUCCGUCCGUCCGUCAACAAUUUCUUGUCUGCACGAUAGUGGUUUCAUUUAUGAUUUUAUUUUAACUAAACUUGCACACAACUCGUGUCACCAUAAGAUCUCGGUUCCUUUCUUGAACUGGCAAGAUCCCUUUAUAGAUUCCAGAGUUAUGGCCCCUGAAAGGGCCAAAAUUAGCUAUUUUGAUCUUGUCUGCACAAUAGCAGCUUUAUUUAUGAUUUGAUUUUUACCAAACUUGCACACAACUUGUAUCACCAUAAGGUCUUGGUUCCUUUCUUGAACUGGUCAGAUUCCAUUAUGGGUUCCAGAGUUAUGACCCCUGAAAGGGCCAGAAUUAGCUAUAUUGACCUUGUCUGCACAACAGCAGCUUCAUUUAUGAUUUUAUUUUAACCAAACUUGCACAAAACUUGUAUCACCAUAAGGUCUUGGUUCCUUUCUUGACCAGGUCAGAUUCCAUUAUGGGUUCCAGAGUUAUUGCACACUACUUGUAUCACCAUAACAUCUUGGUUCCUUUCUUGAACCGGCCAGAUCCCAUAAUGGAUUCCAGAGUUAUGGCCCCUGAAAGGGCCAAAAUUAGCUAUUUUUACCUUGUCUGCACAGUAGCAGCUUCAUUUAUGAUUUGAUUUUAACCAAACUUGCACAAAACUUGUAUCACCACAAUAUCUUAGUUCCUUUCUUGAACUGGCCAGAUUCCAUCUUGGGUUCCAGAGUUAUGGCCCCUUAAAGGUCCAAAAUUGGCUAAUUUGGCUUUUGCAGCCAUAUAGAGACUUCAUUUAUGAUUUUAUUUGAUACAAACUUCCAAAAUAUCUUCAACAACAAUAAAUCUUAGAUUCCAUGACAAAUCAGAUCCAAUCGUAGGUUCCAGAGUUAUUUUAUAUCUGAUUACCUCCCCUGAUUGUAAUCAAAAUGGAUUUAUAUCAGUAAGUUAUAUAUACUUAUAGGACUUAUUUGAAAUUUCAUUUUUGUCAUUGGUUGGACUGAGCCAAUCAGAGUAGAUAACUAUGGACUGAUUUUAUGUCAAGUUACCUCCCUUUAUUUCAAAUUAAAAUGGUAUAUCUCCAUAACUAAUGAAGAUACUGAUCUGAAAUUUCAUUUAUGUCAACAGAUUUAUUUGGCAGAUCCUUCUUUUGUUCACUUACAAUCAUUUUUUUUUAAUUACUUCCCUUUUACGUUACUAUAAAUAACUUUUUUUAGUAACUUUUUUAUUAUUGGCUGUAGGGAAAAACUGAGACCACUUUUCUGUGGUACAACAUGGAUGGUACCUCCAAUUUUUAGGUGUAUUUUGACAUAUCUGUACCUUGUAAGAAUUUUUUUUUCUUAUUGGUUAUAUUUCUUUCCUCUUUUGUUCCUGUCCUUUGGACUUAGAUAUUUUUUCUGAAGACUUUCUUGUCCUCAAGUGCAAUGAUAACAGGUGAGCGAUAUAGGGCCAUCAUGGCCCUCUUGUUUGUUACUAUACUGUAUACAUACAGUCUAUAUACAUAAAGUCCACAUAAUUAUGCAAUCUUGUGUUCGUCAAAUUGCAAUGUACUGUGUCAGUGCAUGCGGGGGGUACAUUCAUCACCUUUAGUGAUAGCUCUAGUUUUGUUAGUUUUCUUUACAAGGACAAACAUUGUCCAAAGCAUUAGGAUCUAAUUUUCUAUAUGUAUGUUUUUGAUGUUAGGAAUGUGAUUUGAUACAGCGUAACACCAGAUUUAAUUGAAACAAACACUUUGAAGAUUAACAGUUCAAAUUAAGGCAUCUUUAGAAACCUGUCCAAUUAAUUAUCUAUGUCCUGAAUUUUGCACUGUUUGAGACCAAAGCUAAACUGAAAUCCAUUUAAAAACACUUCUUUAAGUUCAAAGCCUGUUUCUUUUAAUCUUUUGUUUUUUUAUUUUUUGUCUUGAAGUACAUUGAAGAUCCAUAUUUUCUUUGUUACAAUUUACUCAGUUAAGGGAAAGAAACCUUUGUUUUAUCAAAAACAGUCUUCGUGUUGCAUUACUACCUGACAAUACACGGAGUCACAUAACAGGUGACAAAUCGUCCAAGUAUAAGUUUGACCAGCAAAAUCUUAAGAACCUACUUUGACUGUUGUAAAAUCAAUCUAAUUCAAAAAAAGAAAAGUAGAAUAUAAAUGUUUUUGUUGAAAAUUUGAAAAUAAAAUGUAUUGAUUUGUUUGUUCGAAAUGUAAAUGCACUAUUUUUAUGUAAUGUUUUCGAUUGAUUGAAUAAAUCAAUUAUCUUUUUGAAUUAUU